AUGUCGAAGGGAGUGGGAGGAGAGCCGGCGUUGGGGGUUCCCGCUGGGUACCACCAGACUGUAGGGCCUCCGCCGCCGAUGUACCAGCAGGCGCCGCCGGUGCAGCAGUUCUACUACGUCGGUCAGCACCCGCACCAGGCGGGGAUGAUCCCCCCGAACGCCGUCUAUGGCGAUCCCAAGGGAAUCCCCUUGCAGCAGACGAUGUUCAAGGACACCCCCGCCCCUUUCAACUGCGUCUUCUGCGGCUCCUCUGGUCUCACCGUUGUCAGGUCAUGCCGAUAGAAAACCUAAUUUAGAUUCGAUUUUCUCUUGUUUAGAUUUCGGAAUCAUCUAUUGGAGCCUGUGCGUCAUCUUUCUGAGUUGAUUAUUCAUCUCCGAAUCCCUGAUGUGAUGGAGAGGGAAGAGUUUUUCAAUUGCAAGGGGGAACGGACCAAUAGAGAUUUGAGAUGUGGGAUUGGAGACCUAGCUGGACAUGGUGAGUUCAAGGAUCAGGGGAACAAUGAGAGAAUAACAGGGAUGAUGGGGAGAGAUAUCAGGGAGAGGCUUUGUGCGUCUCUAGAAGGACGGCCUAUGGGGAUUUAAUCCUUGGUAGAGGGGUCUGGAACUUGAAAAGAAGGGGAAAAAAGGAAAAAACCUGAAGGAAACUGUCGAGAAUUGGGUUUCAAGGGUAACGCAGAUUAGGGCAGAGGAUGGCCCAAUUCUUUGUUUCCUGUUCCGAACUCUGAUUAGGUCAAUAUCGAUCCAGAACAAGUCCGUUUUCGAAUGAGAAUGGAUCGAACAGUAGCCCCUGAAUUCGGCCGAAAUCAGAUGGAGAUCAGUCAAACAGCAUCUGGGCCUGCUUCUAUUCAUUGAAGAUUUUGAUUGAACAGACCAGUUCAAUUUUUCUCUUCUGCUGUGAUCCUUUUUAACCCAAAGAUUGUUCUGAGGUCAACUGUGGAGGAGGUGAAUGCCCAAUGCACCUAGAUAGUAGUCAGCAUCAUUACAUCAGAACUCUACCAAACCCAGCAUUGUGAAGAAAACCUGAAAGAUGGGCCGAACUUCAAUCGAGUCUGGCCUGGACAGGUCAUCCGGUCCUUUGCAUCCACCUACUUCUCUGUCUGUCUGUAUAUCAGAGAGAGAGAGAGAGAGAGAGAGGGAAGAAGCAAAUAGUACUUAAAGUCAGCGUCUUGGAAGAAGCCAGAUGGGAUCCAUGCUGUCUGGCCCAUUGAUGUCGUCCUCUUCUAUAGUUUUCUGUAAUGUGUUCCACUGGUUCAGAUCGAAGUCAACGUCUGUUAAUAGAUCAACGCCAUAACGUAGUGAUAAUUACUUCCGUUUUUACUGCUAUUAAUAACCCUCUCUCUCUCUCUCUCUCUCUGUGGUGCUGCGCAGGUCCAAACCAAGUCUGGCGGCUGUUAUUGGCUGCAUGGCGCCCUUCAUGCUCGGAUUCUGCUUCCUCUGCCCAUCCAUGGACUGCCUCUGGCACAAGUACCACUACUGCCCCAGUUGCGGAGAGAAGGUAACCCUUCCCAACAGCCCUAGCUUUCUCUCUCUCUCGUUCUCACUCUCUCCCUCCCUCCCUCCCCUUGGCUGCAGUGAGAGGUCCCACAAUUUCUCUCCCUCUAAAACGGUUCCUUCUCAAUUCACCUGAUAAAACCCCCAAAUGCCUGCAGGUCGCCGACUUUGAGAAAUCCGACCCUUUCAUCGUGGCCGACCUCCCCCGUUGGACCGAGCAGAGCUACGCGAUCCCCGCGUGA